CUCCUUUGUUUCCCGACAGCUAUUCUUUCCCUUUCCUACUCAAAGCUUGUGGGCGUUGCUUGUUUCCUCAAAAGGGUCAAGAGCUUCAUUGCUUGAGCUUCAAACUUGGAUUUGAGCUCGAUGUCUUCGUUCAGAAUGGGCUCAUUUCCAUGUACUCUCUGUGUGGUCUUAUGGAGGAAGCUCGAAGAGUUUUCAAUUUGCUUCCGGUUUUUGUUCGCGACGUGGUGUCUUGGAAUAGCAUCCUUUCUGGGUAUUUACAGUGCGAGCGCAAUGCGGAUUCCUUGAAGGUGUUUGUGGAAAUGAUGGAGGAUGGUUCGGUGUGGCCUGCUCAGGUGACUUUUGUGGGUGUUCUGACUGCUUGUGCUAGGAUUGGAUUUCUUGAUUUAGGGUGGAAAAUCCAUGGAUUAGUUUUAGGAAGUGGACUGGAAUUGAAUGUCUUCUUGGGUUCAUCUUUGAUCGAUAUGUAUGCUAAGUGCGGGAAGAUGGAGGAUGCGAGAAAAGUUUUCGACGGUAUUUCUAACAGAAAUGUGGUCUGUUGGAUUUCCAUGAUAGUGGGUUAUGCUCAGUCAGAUUCAUUCAAGGAGGCGAUUGAAUUGUUCAGAGAGAUGCAAUUACGUGGGGUUGAAGCAGAUGCGGCAACAGUUGGCAGUGUUGUAUCGGCAUGCGGGAAUUUAGGGGCAUUAAGCCAUGGUAGAUGGGUGCAUAGCUAUUCUGAAAGGUGGGGUUCUUUGAUGAGCCUCUCAGUGAAGACUUCUUUGAUUGAUAUGCACUCAAAAUGUGGAGAUAUAGAAAGGGCCCUCCAGAUUUUCCAUGAAUUGUCUAACAAAGAUGUUAUUUCUUGGACUGCUGUGGUUACUGGUCUAACCCUGAAUGGGGAGUCCAGGAGGGCUUUGCACUUGUUUUCACAAAUGGCAAUGUCAAGGGAUGUCAUGCCAAACGAGGUCACUUUUCUGGGAGUAUUGUCGGCUUGUAGCCAUGGUGGAUUUGUAGAAUUGGGUUUUGUCUAUUUCAAUGCCAUGUCUCAAAGUUGA